AGUGCGAUGGCGAAUGUGUGGAAGGCAAGGUGCAGUGUGUGUUCCGUCCGUAAAUAAAUUGGUUAAAAUAAGUGUAAAUUGUCUUCAAAUGGAGCUUCCCAAUGUAAUUUGUGAUCAAUGUCUUCAGUAAUUCGUGAUUUAAUGUGAAUUCUGUAUGGGAACUCUUAGAACACUGCCAAUUCUUUAGUGCAAUCCCCUUCGUUUAUUUCUUUGUUUGCACUCCCUGGUGCAUUGUGUCUUUUACCGCGAAAUAUUUUCAUAUAAUUUCCAGCCACACUAUGGGCUAUCACAAGCUCUCAAAAUCCUGCAGGAUGGUUUUGCAGGUGGAGAAGGACUUCCACGAGGACUUUUGCUUCAAGGAUGUUGCCAAGGAGAUGGAAAGAGUCAAGGUCUUCAAUGCAGACGAAUGUCGGAGCAUUAUGCAGGAAGUCACUGAGGAGGAACGAACGGAAAAGAUGCUCUUUUUGCUCAUGUACAAAAAGGACAAGGAUCAAAUUGAAACCUUCAAACAGGUCCUAUUGAAGGACUACGAUUGGCUCAGUGAGAAAAUUGACCAAGCUGUGAUCAGCGAUGAGAAUUUCUGGGCUUAUGAAAAAUGCUUCAGAGAGAGCAAUAUUCCUAACAAUCGUUCUGGAGUAGUUUAUCGAACUGACUUGCUGUGGCAAAUGCGGAAAAUCUUAGAAAAUCUUGAACAAUGUAACUAUUUGGUGCUACAUGGAAACACGGGAUCCGGGAAGCGUUGGCUGGCCAUGGAUGCCUGUUGUGACUUUCGUGUCAUUCGUGCCAUGAACUACAAAAUCUUCUGGCUCAAUGUGACUGAUUGUGUGAAGCCUGAGAAGAUUCUCAAUAAAAUGGAAUGCCUAAAAGUGAUGAUGUUGGCAUCAUUGACAGAUAAAGAAUUAAUUGAGAUGGAUGUGAAGAAGAAUGGAUAUAUUUCUGUGGAGGCAAAGAUGGAAGCUGAACGAAAUGACUUGAGGAAUAUUGUGAAGCAUGAGAGUCUUAGGAAUUGUCUGGUGGUCUUGAGUGAUCUCACCAAUGACAUGACACAAAAUGCAUUUGAUUUGCAUUGCAAAAUUUUGGUGACAACAAGAAAUAUCUGCAGCAUGGCGAGAGUUAGUGAUAGGAAGAAGAGACUUUUGUCCACAAAUUGUGGUUUGACUGAAGGUGAAUGCUGUUGUUUAUUUGAAAAAGCUCUUGGGAGGCCAAUUCAGCAGAAUGAAUUGCGAAAGUAUAUCAAUGAAAUUUAUCGAGUUAUCAAUGGUAGUCCAGAUUUGGCGGCAAAGAUUGCAAAGAAUCUGUUGAAUAUCUACGAUGGGAAUGUUGUGAGGCGUUUGAAGGAAUGGAUAAGAUGUUUAGGGGAUUGUGUGGAGAAUAAUCGUACUAAGAAUGUCAUGGAGGAAUCUCUGAAAGUUCUGACAAAUGACGAAGCAGAUCAGUAUAGGAAAUUAGCCAUUUUCCCACCAAAUUGCUUAAUAUCAAUUCCCGUUCUUAUGCGAUACUUUGAUAUGAAUGCCAUUCAAGUGGAGCAAUUGGUGAGGAAAUUUGAGAAGUAUUCCUUGCUUGAAUUGGACUUUGUUCAAACUUCUGCAGGGCAGGAAAUGAUGUGUCGAAUACAUUUUAUCUGUGCACAGUUUCUUACUAGGAAUUUCAAGGAGGAUUUGAGACAAUUUCACAGAGAACUUGUGGAAAAGUACAAGAUUGAGGAGGUCCUGGAGAAGAGGAUUGAACCAAAUUUCCUGGACUUCCCAAAUGAUCACUAUUUCCAUACAUUUAUUGGGUAUCAUUUGUGUGAGGCUGAAUUAUUUGAUUUAUUUGUCGAGUUAUUCAGUGAUUUUGGAUUUCUGGAGAUAAAAGUCCGGGAGUCCGGAUUGACCAAUACAAUUGGGGAUUUGAAGUUGUUCCAGGAAAAAUCCGGAGCAGUAUUGCCGAUAUUUGAUCAAUUGCAGUAUUUUCUGCCCAAUGUCGAGGAGAGAAUCUAUCAGACCAAAGAUCUAACGCUACUGCAGCAAGCUCUUGGAGGUACCAGUGGUAUCCGGGAGGAAGCUAGAGAACAACUCUUAAAGUAUCCGGAAAGAAUAUGGUUUCGCAUGAAUUGUGGCGAAAAGUGGCGAAAAAUUGUUCAAUUGACUUCAAAUCCAAUAAUUUUGCGAUUUCUCACGCCCAAUUCGGUCCUCGUAGCACAACGAGAUAACCGAAUUGUCCAGACAGAUCUGACCAAUAAUUUCAAAUACAUCCCAAAUGUCUUUAGUGGCCAUGAAAGAGAAAUCAUCCAGAUGGAAGUUUUCUCAAAAUCCUACUUAAUUUCCCUGGAUGCUUCGAGCGUUCUGUACUGUUGGUAUGUUGGCAGGGAUUAUGAGAGGAGAGCAGAAAAUGGGAAUUGGAGACAAUUUGCUGGUCAUACAAAUUUUGCCAUGAAUGAUGCCUACAAAUUUGAUCCAUUUCAGAAAAUUCAAAUGAAUCAAGAUGAUCGAAUUGUCUGUUUUCACACAUUUUUCGAUGGUAAAUGCCAAAAGUUGAUGUGUGCUUUGGCAUCUGGCCAAAUAAUAGCCUACAAUUGGACAGAUGGACAAUUUAUUGAAUCACCAAAAGAGAAUUUUUCAACAAAAUUAUCCAUCAAAUGCCUACAGUACAUUGGACGAAUGAAACUUUUGGUAUUGGAUACUGAGGGAAAAUUUCACUGUUUCAAUCUCAUAAAUCAUGCCGAAACUGGCUUUGAUCGACGUCCAAUUGAAGGAUCAGACAUCCCAAUUGCCAUUCAUUUCAAUCUCAGGAAGAAAUUAGUCUACUGUGUCUUUCCCACGAGGAUUGUUCUCAUUAAAAUCAAAAGUACCAAGUAUGAAUUUCUUGCCCUCAAAUUCACCCAGGAAAUCUACAAAGUUCACCCAAACACCUCAAUUGAAUGCAGUGCCUUGGCUAAGAAUGGCAAAUUUCUCGUUUUGGGCACAAAAACCGGAAUUAUUGUCUUUGAUUGCAGACACCGAGAAGAAGUUGUUCAAAAAUGUGUAACAGAACAUGUUGCAUGCAUUGAUGUCUUCACAUCGCACGAAAUUAUUGUGAUCUACGGCAAUGACUGUAGGAAGAAUAUUGCAAAAAUCUUUGAGAUUAACGUAACAACUGAAUCACCAGAAAAAAUUCAGUUACAACAUCAUCUCUUUGAAGUCCUUGACCAUGACGCCAAUCCAAUACUUUGUGCUAUAGAUACAAGAAACAUUUUCCAUGAAUACAAUAUUUUAGACACAAAAGACGUUAUUAAAGUUACCGAGAGGCAAACAAAUCAAUAUCAAAUCUCGAGAAUCACUGCCAUUGCCAAAUGCGGAAAUACAGUCAUUUUGGGCUAUGAAGAUGGAGGUGUCUUCCAGUACAGCAAUACAGUUUUGAGAGAAUUGACCCGGGUAGAUAGUCAAGUGAAAUUCAUCAAAUAUGUCAAUUCGUGGCUUGUUGUUGGGACCAAUUCCAAAUACGGAUUGCCAAAUACGGAUGGAUUGCAUGAAGGAACAAUAACUAAUUGUUACGCCAUUGACGAUGAGCAUUUGCUUGUGAUGACCAAAGGAUUUAAAUUUCAUAUUUUAAACGUUAACAGUGACCAGAUAAUUUCAAAUUCCGACUGCGAAAUUGAUUUAAAUUUAGAUUUUUGUGAUUAUGCUCAUCCAUAUUUGCUGACUUGUGCUAAAAAGCAAACAAUGUGCGUUUAUACAAUUGAGGCAAAUGGUGUAAUAGCCAAAGUGAGGAAUUUGCCCAAGAAAUGCGAUAGUACACCAACAUCCAUUGCAGUAUCUUCAGGAAGAGACUUUUUGGCAGUGGGAUUCCGCAAUGGGAUCAUCAAUAUUUACGACAUUGGUGGUAACUUCAAAUAUUUACAAACACUGGAAUCUCACAAAAGUACUGUGACCUAUUUAGCAUUUUCUCCAUGGCACGAGGCCAACCGGCCUCAAAUUCUUAUCAGUUUGGGUGAGCAAAUAUGUUUUUGGAAUAUUGGAUUUGUGGUUAAUAAUGUUGCCAAUGGCAAUAAAGGAAAUGAGCGUUGUGAAUUGAGUGAAAGAACAAAUGGACUGACCAUGGACAAUAAAAAUCCAUGGGAUGGUAAAAUUGGUGCUGCUGAGAAGCCAGAGUUGCUCUCAUGCAUUAAAUUUGUGGGAAAUUCCACAAAGAAAUUGUAUCAUGACAGGGAAUUUACUAAAUUUCUUACAAUUGACAAUGAAGGUGAGAUUCAUGUUCUUAUUCUCAAUGAUUGUGAAAAUUCAUCUUUUAGAUGACAACGAAUUCUUUUAUCAAUUCGACUGAUUGUAUUUUAUUCUUUUAUUUACAUUUUAAGUUCUAUACUGUAAUAAAGUGAAUGUAGUUGAUAAUUAUUCAGGUUGAUAACAUUGCAUUUCUGAGAUUGUUUUGUAAAUCCUGAUAGAGCAUUUAGCAAAAAAAAAAAAAACUUACAACGAAAGCAAAAGAUCUCUGCUCAAACAUUUGUAACUUUAUUUAAAAAAUGAUAAGUUUUUCAACAGUGAGAUUUAACAUUUUUUUUUUAAAUAAAUAUCUACUCAGAUGGUUUGUAUUUUGUAUACAAAAAGGAAAUAAUUUUUUUUCCUCAUAUUUUGCAUUUCAAAGAACAAUGAUUGUGCUUAAAGCAUUUAUAGCAUUAUACCAGUAUACCAAUAUUUCUCAAUAGCAUUUCUUACUUUAUACUUUAAUCAAUUUCUACACAUAAAGACAGAACAGACAGUUUAGAACCGUUUUAUGCCAUUUAUUUCUAUUUUAUCCAUGAUUUUUGUAUGUAAGUCUUACAUUUUAUUCAAUUUAGUAAUCUCUAGCAAUAAUAGAUCUAAUAUAUUCUUGAAGAACAAUUGUAAACAUAACUCAAAUAUGCCAAUUUAAUAGAACAAUUUUGUACUUUAAUAAAAUUUUUGUGAAUGAA